GCGGUCUGGUGUUCACAUGACAUAGACUUGGGUAUAUACUGUUUGUAUGCUUAGCGGAUCUGUUGAAUCCAUUAAUCCAUUAAGACUCUAUAAAUGGAAUUCUUGUGAGGGAAAAAGCAUGGAAAAGCCGGACGCAUGCGAUCCAUACAGCCGACCCGCGCGCAGGACACAAUGGAUAGUGAGCACUCUGGCGUAUCACUACGGACUGGACCGUGGAGUGGAAAACGAAAUUAUAGUCCUCGCAACCGGGCUGGAUCAAUACCUGCAAGAGAUUUUUCAUCACCUGGACUGUCAGGGAGAUGGAAAAAUACCCGCCGAGGAUUUUAGUAUCCUUUGCGAGAUUUUGGGGCUGAGCAAGGGUUGCGAUCUGGAAGAGUGCGCGGGGAUAUUGGAUAACCUACCCAAAGAAUUCACCUUCAGACAAUUUCACGCAAAACUUUGCGGCUAUUUCAGCACCAAAGCCGGGUGCCAGUAUGAGAACGGGAGGUUGUUAGUUGGGAAAGAGAGCGAGCAUAUAGAGACGCAGAUAAGACUCCGGAGCCCAUUGAGACGCCGUGGGAAAUUGCUGUCGUUGGGUACCAGUAACAAUCGAGAGAGCGAAAAGUGUUCGUCCCCCACUGAGGACAGACACACAUCGGGCUGUAAGCAGCUCGGAUCGUGCACCAGAGCGUGUUACGAGGAAAUCGUGGCACUUGAGGAGGCCGAGGAUAGGAUAAGCAAACUUGAAGAGGAAAAUGCAAGUCUCAGGGAGCUGGUGGAGGAUAUGCGCGCGGCACUUCAAAGCAGUGACGCUCGAUCCUUGGCUUUACAGGUGGGGUUGUGGAAAAGUCACUCUAAACACAAACCAGAGGGUGGCUGUUUCAUUGCCCACCAAAGGCGAUUGGCGCAGAAGCCCAACACUGUUGGGAACCUAAAGGACAUCCAGAGUUUCUUGAGAGAGAUGGAUUUCAUCCGGAGUUCCCGGGAUGGCCAGAUCGAAGAGGCCAUGUUCUUCAACCAGAAGCUGGAGCAAGAACUGCAGGUGUCACGCAAAACUGCGUUGGUGCUGGAGGAAUGUAACAGGACUCUAAAGAAAGAGCAGGUGGAGAUGAGGAAGAGGGUGGAGGAGGCCCGGCAGGCCGUGCUCAGCGGUCUCAAGAAAGUCAAAGAGCUGGAGAGCAAAGCCAGUCAUGUACCUGUUCUUCAGAGACAUGUUCAACAGCUGGAGAUGGAGCUUCUGUUUUACAGAUCUGAGGGGUCUAAAACAUCCGUUCCAUUCAUCAACAAACAGGACGGGCAGUAUAACGGGCCCGUCCCGGCAGCGCCGCGCUGUUGCAUAGAUGCAGAACAAGAUCGGCACUCACCGACGGGACGCGCAGAGACUCUUCCCGACACCAUGGAGGAGCAGCUCUUCCGCUCAGUGGAGGGUCAGGCGGCCUCUGAUGAAGAAGAAGAAAGAUGGACCGGAGAACAGCAGAGACAAGUAGAUGAGGUGAAGAGAAUUCUUACCAGACUGUCCUGCUGUGGAGACAGGUGCGAUGAGAAAGCAGUGAAGAAGCUGUUGUCUCAUUUCGGGGACUCCCGUACGGAGGAGAGUCAGUCGGCUGUGCUGGAUCUGCUGGAGAAGGUCACGAGACUCAACAAACAGCUGGAGCUGAAGGAGAGUCAGGCCAGGAGGCCAGAGAUAAAUACAGAAGACCAGAUGAGGGACGCGCUGGCCCAGGAGCUUCAACAGAAGGCAGAGGAGACAGAGCUGCUCCACAUGGAGCUGCAGAUGCUGGAAACGGAGCGGGUGCGACUGUCUCUGGUGGAAGAGAAACUGAUGGAUGUGCUUCAGCUUCUGCAGCAGCUACGAGAACUGAAUGUCUCCAGAAGAUCUUUGGGAAAGAUUUUACUCAGCACAUUGGAGUCCUGCAGUGAUCCGCAACAUGGGAAAGCACAUAUCUUAGAGGUGCUCAAUGCUCUUUGUCAUGAGCUAGCUGCAUGUGAGAUCCUCUCUGGUGGUGAGACUAUAGAAAGUGCACAGAGUCACCAGUCUCUCACCAAUUCACUGCUCAUCUCCUGUUAGGAAUCACUGCCACCUAGUGGUCAAAGGAUGCUAUGGACAGUUCUUUUGGGGGGGCUUUUUAUUUUUAUCCAUAGGACAGUGGAGGCAGACAGGAACAUGAGGAUAAGAGACAGGGUGUGGAAUCGGCACAUAGCCCGGGUUAGACAGCUCAUGUAUGUGUCUGGAGCGCUAACCACUUGGGUUACCGCUCUGACAUGCUAAAGGAACUUUAUACCAGUCAUGUAAAUGGCCCUUGGGUAAAUGUGAUUUCUGUGUACAUUUAUUUUGGGAUUCACUUCGUCGUUAAGCUCUUUAUCAUUUAAUGAAAUGUUUCAUUUUGUCCUCUAGACAAAGCUAGUUUUUCAUUGUAAGAUAUAAGUUGCAGGUUAGUAUUAUUCUGGAAUACAUGCAUACAUGACACACUACGGUUGUGCAGUAUUUAACUGUUUCAAGUGGGAGACCUGGAUGAAGAUCACUCAGGUAUAUAUACAGUAUGUAAUGCUCAUAAAAUAUUAUAGUUCAAGAGACGAGUAACAUGCCAAAGUAAAUAUUUUUCCUGAAUUAUUUCUCGAAUACAGAGCCUAGCUGUGAAGGACUGAAUGUAUGCACCUUUACUUGAUUUAAAAUACUGAAACAUUUGUUUCAAUUUUACAGCUUUCAGUGUUUCAGAUUCCUAUAGAACUUCUGAGCAUUUGUGUUGCUUUUUAAAGAAUGAAACAAACUACAGUGUAUAUCUUAUUUGUCAUUGUCAAACUCUCAGCCUCUCUCACAUUAGAGAGAACUUUGUUGCUUUUACUGGUUUUUUCACAUUUUACUUUUUUUCUGAAAGAAAUUAAAUGUUUAGAUUACCCAGCAU